AUGGAGAGAGAAAACCAAACCAUUGUCUCUGAAUUCUUUCUCCUGGGGCUCUCCAGCCAGCCAGAACAGCAAAAACUUCUCUUUUGGCUAUUCCUGUGUGUAUAUCUGGUCACUGUGACUGGGAACCUGCUCAUCAUGUUGGCCAUUGGUUUGGAUGUCCGACUCCACUCACCCAUGUACUUUUUUCUAGCCAAUCUCUCAUUUGUUGACAUUUGCUUUUCAUCAGUUACAAUCCCCAAGAUGUUGUUGAAUCACAUAAUGGGAAGCAAUGCCAUCUCUUAUGUGGAGUGCAUGAUGCAGAUGUAUUUUUUUAUUACUUUUGUAAAUAUGGAUGGGUUUCUCCUGGUGGUUAUGGCUUAUGACCGCUACAUGGCCAUUUGCCGCCCACUCCACUACACCACGGUCAUGCGCCCUGGACUUUGCAUCCUUCUGGUGGCCAUAUCCUGGGUCAUCACUAAUCUUCAUGCCCUUUUACACACUCUACUAAUGGCUCAAUUGUCCUUCUGUGCUGACAAUGCCAUUCCUCACUUCUUCUGUGAUCCCUACCCAGUUCGAAAGCUCUCUUGUUCAGACACCUACAUCAGUGACUUGAUGGUGUUCACUGUGGGUGGGGCGGUGUUUGUUACCCCAUUCACAUGCAUUGCCAUCUCUUAUGUUUUCAUAUUCUCCAAUGUAAUGAAGAUCCCAUCUACUCAGGGGAUACAGAAAGCCCUGUCCACAUGUGGCUCCCACCUCACUGUGGUUUCCCUCUUCUAUGGGGCCAUAAUGGGCAUCUAUCUGCGCCCUUCAUCCUCCUACUCAGCUGUGGACACAGUAGCCACAGUUAUCUUUACUUUGGUGACCCCCAUGCUUAAUCCCUUUAUCUAUAGCUUGAGAAAUCAGGACAUGAAAGUAGCUCUACGGAGACUGAUUCUGACAAAAGCAAUUUUGUGA